UCGGCCUGGCGCGGGGCUCGCCUCUCCCGAAGGCCGCAGCCGCCGGCCCGGAUUGUGGGUUAGUCCGAGAAUGAACAAAUAUACGAAGUCUUAUGUUGAGCAGACCACAAAUCUUGAAAAAUUCAGCCCUGUGAUUCUUGCUGAAAUUGAGGAGCUCUUUGAGAAGAGGUUCUCAUAUACAAAACCACCGAAUAGUGAAUGGAAGCUGCCAGAUUCCAGUGAUGUGUUUACCUGCAAUCACAAAGAAUUCAAUACACUCCUUGCUCUGAAGGACUCCAUGAAUGAAGUCAAAAACCAACUGAGUGAUAAGAAAUUGGAUGCAUGGCAUCAGCACACUUCCUUCACCAACAGAGCUGGGAUAAUCAUUCCUCAUGUGAAGAAAUCUGUGAAUGCUGAGUUGUGUACCCAGGCUUGGUGCAAAUUCCAUGAGAUUUUAUGCAGUUUUCCCCUUCUCCCAAAAGAAGCCCUUCAGAAUGGAGAACUCAAUUCUGUCCAUCUCUGUGAAGCACCUGGUGCUUUUAUAGCGAGUCUCAACCACUACAUAAAAUCCCAUCACAUUCCCUGCGAUUGGAACUGGGUAGCCAAUACCCUAAACCCAUAUCAUGAAGCAAAUGACACCCUUGUGAUGAUUAUGGAUGACCGACUUAUUGCAAAUACCUUGCCAUGGUGGUAUUUUGGCCCAGAUAAUACUGGGGAUGUGAUGACAUUGAAACAUCUAACUGGACUUCAGCACUUCAUAAGUAAUAUGACCACUGUUCACUUGGUAACUGCUGAUGGGAGUUUUGAUUGCCAAGGAAAUCCAGGUGAACAAGAAGCGCUUGUCUCACCUCUACAUUACUGUGAAGCAGUCACUGCUUUAAUGAUCCUUGGCAAUGGUGGCUCCUUUGUUUUGAAGAUGUUCACUUUAUUUGAACAUUGUUCUGCCAAUCUGCUUUUUCUGCUGAAUUGUUCCUUCGAGGAGGUCCAUGUCUUUAAACCUGCAACUAGCAAAGCCGGGAACUCUGAGGUCUAUGUAGUUUGUCUUCAUUAUAUGGGCAGAGAGGCCAUCCAUCCUGUGCUGUCCAAGAUGAUGCAGAACUUUGGAACAGAAAUGGUUAACAAAGCACUCUUUCCCCAACAUGUGAUUCCAGAAUCUUUUCUUAAAAUGCAUGAAGAAUGCUGUGCAUUCUUUCACAAGUACCAAAUAGAGACUAUAUCUGAGAACAUCCGACUCUUUGAGUGCAUUGGGGAAGCAGAACAAGUAAAGCUGAAUAACUUAAGGGACUGUGCAGUGGAAUUUUUCAUGCAAAAAUUUCACCUGAAAUACAUUACAAGAAAUAAUUGGCUAGUGAAGAAAUCUCAUGUAGGCUGCAGCAUGAAUGCAAAAUGGUUUGGACAGAGGAACGAAUAUUUUAGUACAUACAAUGAAAGGAAGAUGCUGGAAUCCCUGACAUGGGAAGAUAAGGUGGCCAAAGGCUAUCUUAAUCGUUGGGCUGAAGAGCACGCUUUAAGUAAUAUUGGGAAAAGCUGCAUUUUGGAAGGGUCUUCCCGUAACCUUGAAUGUAAUUUAUGGUACAUCCUGGAGGGAAAGAGGCUGCCAAGAGUAAAAUGCUCUCCAUUCUGUGAUGGUGAUGUCUUGAAGAAUCUCAAUGAAGCCAUUAAAGAAUCAUUAGUAGGCAGACUAAAAACUAGUUCCCUUUCCAGACGAACACAACAACCAUGUCAUUCUUGCAAUGUUCUUACUGAGGCACUGAUACUAUCUGAGUUGUCUAGCCUUACCAAGUACCAUCAGAAGGUACCAAAUGAAGGAUGCAGUGACCAAAUCAAGUGUCUUGUGGUGGGCUUUCCGUCUCUUUGUGACAUCAAAAGCCAGUCCAACAUGGAAGUUAGGCUCCUGGAGUCAGCCACACUCUUGACUUUCUGCUGUUCUUUGCUUCAUGACGGAGAGCCAAAAUAUCAGCAGCAUCUUUUAGACUGCCUUCUGCGUGCGAUUAAUCAGCUUCAGCUGGGAGAUGCUUUGAUUCUGCCUGUUCUUUCUUGUUUUACACGCUUCACAGCUGGCCUGAUUUUUGUACUGCAUGGCUGUUUCAGCUACAUCACAUUUGCUUGCCCCGUAUCCUCUGAACCUCUUGGGACCAGUGCUGUUCUAUUGUGUAUUGGCUAUCGAGGUCUUCCAAAUCCAGUUGUUGAGUACCUGCAGCACCUGAAUAAACUAAUGAGCUCUUUGCUCAGCUCAGACUCUCCACAGCAGGUUUUGCAGUUUGUCCCUAUGGAGAUGCUUUUGAAAGGUGUGCUGCUUGAGUUUUUAUGGGAUUUGAAUACUGCCAUUGCGAAGAGGCAGCUCCAUUUGAUUGUACAAGUUGAGCAGCAGCAAAUGUCGAGUAAUCUUUAAUUUUAGUGAUUCUAGGAUCAAAUCAGUAGAUGUUUCAAAGAAGAUUCACUUCACUGGCUGUUUAAAGUUCUUAAUUUUUUCAUUUUUCUUUUGCUAGUGUGAAUAUCACUUCAUUUUAAAACAGUGGGAAUUAUUUUAAUGUUGGUAUCCAGUUGUUUUGGACUGAUGGUUCUACAGUACUGCCUUAUGUUAUUAGGUGUUGCUGUACAAUCCUGUAAUCAUGGAGUUUAUUCUACAUUGUGGGGAAAUUGUGAAGCAAAAUGAAGGACUGAAAUUCUGGAGAAAGGGGAGUCCUUCUCGGUAAUACCUUUUGUGCCUUUGUACAAUCUUGUCUCUCCCCAUCUAGGUCCUCUUCCCUCCAUAUAGGCGUAACCUCACAAUGACUAUAUUUCUGUGAAGAGAUUUGAAUGGAGCUUAUUUGAUGCCGCCGCUUAUCAGACAAUAGAGGCUGCUAGUUGUACCCCUUUCACGCUGUCACACACUGAUAAUUCCAGAGUUUUGGGGACCCAAAUGUGGUAUUCAAACUUGGUAGCUGAUAGCCUCUUUUUAAUCAAAAGAGAAGAUUAGCUAGCUUGGAAAGGCUGUCUGUGCUGUUCCCUGCAGAAAGAAUUGGGAACCUUUAAAAAUAAAGAAGGUUGACUUUUCAGAUUUCAGGUCUUCACCAUUUUCUGAAAAUUUAGCCCCCCUUUAAUUUCAAGCUGGGCACCUGCCGGUAGCUGCCAGAAUGCUAACUGAUGCCAUUUAUAACAUACCACCAUGUAGGCCCAAGCUCAGAUGUAAAGCACAAGGGAGACUGGUUUUCUUAAUAAGGAAUUUUGCAGAAUCCCGAGUUACAAAUCCUUGCUUUUUUAGCAGUGUAUAGGACGGAAUCAAGACUUCUGAGUUCUAUUCCCAUCUGUGAAAUUGACUUGCUGCGUGGCCUUCAACAAGUCAUUUCACCUUCCUAUGCUUCCCUUUCCCCAUCAGUAUAAUGGCCAUAAUACCAUUUGAGUUUCCAAAGUGUGUGAGGAUUCAUUCAUAAAGAAUUUGAGAACCUUGGGUGAAAGUGAGAACUGCCUAUUGUUGUCUACUGUGGUAGUUGUCAGGUGACCCAUAACUACUGAUUUUUAAUUAGAAACGUUAUCAAGUGCAGUUUAUAAACAGCAAAUAUUAUAGCCCACUGUGUGAAAGUUGGAAACAUGGAACUGAGAAAAAUGAAUGAAACUUGUUAGGAAAAAAGUGUUACUUGAUUUGAUCCUUCUAGGAGUAAAAUGAGAGAGAAAAUGAGUAAUUGACGCCGCUGUCCUUUUAAGGAAAAUCAGGUUUUACUUUUUCAUAUUGCUCCUUUAAGAUCACAUUUUGAUAUCUAAUUAAUUUUCUUUAAAACUUAGUCUCCAGGAUUCUAAUUUACAUAGAAGACCUGCCCAGAGAGAGAGAAAUGGUAUUUAAAGGGGAAACUUAUGGAUUUAAUGUUGGUAUAACAAUUGCAUAAAUGAGUGCAUGUGAGAGAAAGGGGUUAGUAAAAGAAAAGACAGCCUCCUGAUUAAUUACCAGUCACCUGUGGAAGUACUUCUAAUUACAUAAGGUAGGAGCUUGAAGGAUUUUUGAUUACCAGGGGGAUUAAAAGCACUGUUGAAAAAUGGUUUUGUCUGGUGGUGCUGUGCACUUAAUAGUCUUUCUUGUCACUUUGGCAGGGAUGGAGUGUAGUUAUCAUUUUGUUUUGCUUUUUGUUUACUGUGUUUGAAAGGUUUGUGAAUUGUUAGCUGAAGUCUAACUCAUUUUAUAACAUUCUAUACAGACUUUGCUUUCUGAAACUACGCAGAAGAGGAUCUGUUUGACUCCGGCUUCCCUCAAACUUCUCAAAUUGGUCACUGUUCAUUUAAACUUAAUUUAAAUUAACUUCCUGUAGUUGCUCUGUGGAGAUGAAGAGUGACAGAAUGCAAGGCCAUCACAGGCAAGCAAAACAGUUCAGCAGAUCCUUGGGAUCAAGAGACUAGAGGCAGCAAAAGCCUCUGCAGUAAGUGAUUCUGAAAGCUUAGGAAACUUUUUAAGAGGACGUGAGGGGCCAAAAAGGAGGCAACAUUGAGGAACAAAAGAAAAUGAAGGGGAAAGGAACA